AUGGUAUGGUGUAAUUUAGUAUUUGAAGAAAUGGAAAAUUAUUGGAAAGAACUUUUUCGAGAAAAUGAAGAAUAUUCUGAAAUGGAUAUUGUAAAAGAGAAGAAAAUUGCUACAACAACAACAACUUUAUUAGAAGAUUCCGAAAAAUUUAUUCAAAGCGAGAAAAACUUCAUAAAUAUUUUGACAUCUUUAAUUAUAGCUAAUACUACAAGAGAUAUUAAUCCUAUUAAACGUGUUGAUACACAUUAUCUAAGACCAAUGAAAUGA